AGAAGAGCGGGUUUGAUUCUUCAGCUGCAGACACAGAGUCCGUCAGUCGUCCUGAAACGAGCUGAGGUGCAGAACAAGGAGGAUCGGGAACGUCCGUGUUCCACACGUCACAGAGGAGAGACGUCAUCCAGGGUACGAUGGUCGGUCACCAGUGGUUCACCAGGAUCAACAAUCCGACGACACGAGGAGCCGACACACACGCCAAGCAGGAGCAUGAAAUGUCUUCGCGUUCCUUUUGCACCAGGAACAAAGGGGCGUGUCAUCGACUCUGUGCUGUGGUCGCUCUCUCGGCGCUCUGUGUGUUGCUGCUCGUCACCUGUGCAGCUCUGUCUGUCCUGUAUAAUAAUCACACAAACAGGAAGUCAGAAAAGCUCUUCAACCACCAGAACAUGAGCGACGGCUACAAUUCUCUCACCAAAGCAAACAACAAGCUCAAAAGAGACAAUGAAAUCUUAAAGGAGCGAAACGCUCGUCUGCACGAACAGAACAAACUCGUCAACAGGACGACAGCUGAGCUCAGGUCCAUGAAUCUUGCCUUGAGUUUGAAAAGCAGCAAAUUAUCCGAGGGAAUCGUGAAUCUAACGUCCACAAACACGCAGCUAACGCAAGAAUACGAACAAUUGGCUCAGUACUCAUCCGAGCAGGAGGCACAGAGGCUGAACGUGUCUCAGACCGUCGACCUUCUGGUCAGUUCCAACACUCGCCUGCAGGAGGAGAAACGGCGACUGUCCGAGACGAGCGACCUCCUGAGGGACGAGAUGAUCCAGGUGAAGAGAGACAAUCAGGAGCUCGUGGAAAUCAAUGACAAGUUUCAAGGAGAAAUUCAGAAUCUGACCGAGAUGAUUGGAGCUUUUUCGAAGGACGACCUCGAGCAGCUUCAGGAGGAAGUCACGCAGCUCCAAGAACAAAACCAGAACCUCAGCGCGGUGCUGCUGAGAGAGCGACAGGAAGCGGCAGAGAAGGAGAGACGCAGGACGAAGGAGGUCCAGCAGAUGGCGGCGGAUCUACAUUCAGCGAACGAGGCCUAUCGCUCUUUAGACCUCCACUGCCCCGUGGUUAAUCAGAAGACCAGAGAGCGAAUUUGCAAAAAAUGUCACAACAGCUGGAAACAGUUUGAGUCAAAGUGUUAUUACUUCUCCUCGCGCACGCUGGACUGGAGCGCCAGCAAGUCCUGGUGCCGGACACAAGGGGGCGACCUGCUCGUCAUUAACAGUGAACAAGAACAGAAGUUUAUUUUUGACAGCAGUCGGACUCUGGAUCCGUCCGGCACCAGACUGUGGAUCGGUCUGAGUGAUGAAGACGAGGAGGGACGGUGGCGCUGGGUGGACGGCAGCAGAGUCACUUCAGAUGAGCAGUAUUGGCUGAGAAGACCGGGAGUCGGAGCUGAGCCGGACGACUGGAGGCUGGACGACCCUCUGGGAGAAGACUGUGGACACAUUGACACGUCUGAAAACGCACUCGAGUCCUGGAUGGAUGGUUCCUGUAAGAUCGCUUAUAGAUGGAUCUGUGAAAAGAACUUUUAGUUCUUCCACCAACAUUUGUAUUUCUCAUUUCAUAUUAAAAAACUGUUUCUGGGUAAAAGGGAGAAAAUAAAGGGAAAAUAUCUAUGA